AUGAAAAAGGACUACGAUUUAAGGAUAUGCACCUGGAAUGUCCGAACCCUUAAUUGGGAAGGUGCCUCUAUCCAACUGGCGGAUGCCCUCGAGAAAUUAAAGGCUGACAUUACCGCCAUCCAGGAAAUGAGAUGGACAGGACAAGGUUGUUCCAAGCGAGCAAACUGUGAUAUUUACUACAGCUGCCAUGCGGAGAGGCGCGAAUUUGGAUGCGGAUUUGUAGUAAGCCGGAGACUUCGCCACCACGUCUCAAUUUCACCCCACAUAAUUUGCGCGCACGCCCCGACGGAGGAGAAGGACGAUGCUGCUAAGGAUGCAUUCUACGCGAGACUCGAGGACACAUACGACCGCUGCCCAAACCACGACGUGAAGAUCAUCCUCGGGGACUUCAACGCAAAGGUUGGGCGCGAACGCAUCUUUGACCGCACCGUCGGUCAAUUCAGCCUCCACGAGACCACCUCGAACAACGGUUUCAGGCUGAUUGACUUCGCCGCGGCGCGAAACAUGGUAGUGAGUAGCACCAGAUUUCGGCACCUCGACAUCCACAAGGCCACAUGGCUGUCCCCUGAUCAGAAAACGCGAAACCAGAUUGAUCAUGUUGUGAUAGACGGAAGGCAUGCCUCAAGCGUGAUGGACGCUGCGAUCACAACGGACAGCAACAGCCUACUCCACUCACCUCUCGGAACUGCUCCACCAACCAACCCUCUUCCUGUUGACGCCGGCGGACUCUGGGCGCACAUAUCCCACUCCAUGCGAGCUGCCGCUGAAACAGCCAUUGGGUUCAAGCGCCCACCCACACGGAACCAAUGGUAUGACGAGGAGUGUCGCAUCGCAGCUGCGGCAAAAAACGCCGCCUACAGAAGAACGCUGCAGUCUGCCGCAACGCGAGCUACGUGUGAACGUUACAGGGAGAAAAGGAAGGAAGAGAGGCGGCUUUUUAGACGGAAAAAACGGGAGAAAGAAAAGCGAGAGUGCGAGGAACUCCAGGUGUUGCAGGACAGAAAUGAUGCUCGAAAAUUUUACCAACAAGUCAACCGUCUGACACAUGGUUUCAAGACCGGAGCAUCUAACUGUCGAGAUGAAAACGGGAAUCUGGUUACAGAUACGCAGUGCACGCUGAGGUUAUGGAGGGCGCAUUUCUCCAAGCUGCUAGCAGGCGAUGACGGCACCAAUCCCGCCAUUGGAGGAAGCAACCCGAUACCACCAAUCGACGACAAUGUGGAUAUACCACUACCUAGCCAUGACGAGGUCCGAGUUGCUAUUAUGCGACUCAAAAACAACAAAGCAGCCGGUGCUGAUGGACUGCCUGCAGAGUUGUUUAAGGCCGGCGGCGAAGAGCUGAUAAGGUGCAUGCAUCAGCUCUUCUGCAGAAUAUGGUUAGAAGAAAGCAUGCCCAACGAUUGGAAUCUCAGCGUCCUUUGUCCUGUGCUGAAGAAAGGCGACCCGACGAUAUGCACCAACUACCGGGGAAUUAGCCUGAUUGCCAUCUCAUAUAAGGUCCUAUCGAGCGUAAUAUGUGAACGACUUAAGCCGUAUACCAGCACACUGAUCGGACCUUAUCAAUGCGGCUUCAGACCUGGCAAAUCCACCAUAGACCAGAUCUUCACAUUGCGCCAAAUCCUGGAGAAAACCCACGAAAAUGGAAUUGACACACACCAUCUCUUUGUCGAUUACAAAGCUGCAUUCGAUAGUCCGACACGAGAACGCCUAUAUGCCACCAUGUCUGAGUUCGGUAUUCCUGCAAAGCUGAUACGUCUUUGCAGGAUGACAUUGAGCAGCACCAUCAGCUCUGUCAAGCUCCUUGCUUACGCGGAUGAUAUUGACAUCAUUGGCCGCAGCAAGCGUGAUGUCACUGCUGCAUUUUCCGCUAUCGAAAAAGAGUCAGCAAAAGUGGGUUUGGCGGUAAACGAGGGCAAGACGAAGUAUAUGCUGUCGACAAGCAGGGAGGCGCGGCGACUAGACUCCCAGGUGGUAGCAGACAACUAUAUGUUCGAAGUGGUCAAGGAGUUCACAUACCUUGGCACUGCCAUCAACACCAAAAAUGACGUCAGCCUGGAGAUCAAGCGAAGAAUCACACUUGCCAAUAGGUGCUACUUUGGUCUGAAAGCAUGGGUAGUGUCAAUGACAGAUGCAGCAGCGCUUGGAGUGUUCGAGAGGAAAAUUCUUCGCAAGAUCUUCGGUCCCGUUCGGAUUGGGGACGACUUUCGCAUUCGGAUGAACCACGAGCUGUACUAG